AUGUUGAACAUGUAUUUGAGACGUUCAGUCGCGCUGGUGCGCUCUCUGAGGAUGUAUUCCACCGAGGGGCCAGCCGGUAAUGAUGAGCAGCUGCUGCUUGAUAAACUGAGGACUAUACCACAGGAAUUGAAUAAUACUGCAAAGCCAAAACUUCUCAAAGAGAAGAACCAAGCCAGAAGCGCAAAUCAGAGCCAAAACAAGCCUCGCAUUUUCAGAGAAAAGCGUUUGCAAGGGAAGAAACCAAAAGCGCAGUAUUCAUCGUCCAAAUGGAGGUCUGUUCGUGACCAUCGGAAGGGAAAAACGCAAAGUGAUGAUGCCUACGAUAAUCAAGAUAUGAAACCUUAUGUUGAGUCAGCUAUGAAGGUGUUUGACGACUUGCCAUUGAAAGUUCUUAGAAGUCAAAACAUUCAACCUGACAUGUCCCACUGGAAGAGCAUCGUGAAGAGGCUAGAAAAGGCUCGCGAACAAAGGGACAAACUUAAGAAGUGUGAGCUCCCAGAGUACAAAUUGCACGACUUGAAAUCACUCGGAGUAAUCGAUUCUAGUGUUGACAACAAAGAGCUGAAGGUUACAUGGGAAGCCACCGAUGCGAUAAAUGAUAUCAAGAGUUUCGUCAAGAGCAUCAGCUAUUUUGAGCCUCAAGAUCCGCUGCAAUAUAAAAUCAAAGAACCAUCUCCCGGUGAGCUAGAGCUAAACAAAUCCCAAAUGGCAUUCAGUCUGAGAUCCAGAAUGUUGCGUGCAAUUUCUAGAUUUUCAGAAGAACACGGCUUGGCCUUGAAUUCUACAAAUAUUGGCCAAUCCCAACUUCAUGGAAUGAACAAACUGUACCCAUUCGCCAACCCAACUAUACCAAAGGUCGGAUUCAGCAAAGUUUCCGACGUCAAAUCCCUUUCGAAAUCAUCGGGUUCAGAUUUCAAGAACAUUGUCGAUACCACAGUUAGGGGUAUAAGACCGGAACUCAAAUUCUACAAAUCAGGCCAAUUCAAGACGGAGCAAUCACGCGUGAAUGCCGAGGUAGUGACUCAUGCAUUGAACUCAAAUGCUCAGCUUCAAGUUGAUAACAUCCAUGUCUCGAUAGGAAGAACCCUUAUUGGAAAAGGAAAGCUUGCAGACAUUCCGCAACCGCUUCCCUCUUCAAAAUAA